UGCAGACACAGCCAGACCCCUCUCUCUCUCUUUCUCUCUGAAAGCCAGUUGGAGUUAUCACUAGCACAGUUAUGAGAGCUGAAGUUCUACUUUUGCUCUUUAGCUACUUUGUGUAAAUAAGAAGAAACAAGUCCACAGUUCUGGAACCUUUUAUUACAAUUAUUUCCUUUUAUUUCCUUGCGCUGGUUGAUGCUUUUUCUUUUUUUGGGGGAGUGAUUCUGUGGAAAGGAUUGCAGUCCUGCAGAUAUACAUUCAUUCAAAAGUGGAAACUAUACAGAAGGUGGCUCAAGAAGACCCCAUAGGCUUCAAUCCAUGUAGCAAGUAUUGUGUUAACUCUGAUGUGACUCCCCAGUGAAAGCCCAGGAUGUCAGAAGAAACAUGUUAUCUGCCACAUCUAUUUUAUACAGCUGAUAUGGUUUGCAGAGAUGAACCAGGCAAGUACAGACUUGCAUUUGUAAUCAGCAGUUACUGAAAGAACCAUAAGAGUGGCACAGAGUCCCUCCAAUCAGCCGGCUGUGCAUGUACUCAGUGCUGGAGAGUUACUAUGCAGUUUGGACUAUUUACUGUGCUUGUCUUGGUCUUGAUGGAUAUUGCAGACAGCAGCAAGGUUGUGAAGGGGAGGAGACACAAGAGAAGAAGUACAGAGGUGAGCCAAGGCUGUGGCAAAGGUUGUGAAGCAUGUUCAGAGGUAAACGGCUGUAUUAAGUGCUUACCAAGGCUUUUCAUACUUUUGGAAAGGAAUGAUAUUCGACAGAUAGGAGUCUGCUUGCAGUCCUGUCCUCCAGGAUAUUAUGGUGAUCGUAGUCGGGAGAUAAACAAGUGCACAAAAUGUAGAGUGACAAACUGUGAGAACUGUUUCAGCAGGAAUUUUUGCACAAAGUGUAAUGAUGGCUUCUACUUACAUAAAGGAGUUUGUUAUUCCACUUGUCCAGAGGGAUUUAUUGCAGCAAAUGGCACCAUGGAAUGCAGCUCCGAACAAUGUGAAAUGAGUGAGUGGGGAUCUUGGAGUCAAUGUUUUCGUCCGGCAAAACAGUGCUGGAAAAAGAAAGGCACACAAACGAGAAGUCGGAAAGUUCUAAUAGCACCACUGGGGGAAGCAUCCCUGUGCCCUGUCAAUAAAGAAAGGAGGAAAUGCACAAUGCUCCAAACCCCCUGUCCAAAAGGAGAGUUAGUUACAGGAAAACCCAAGAAAGAAAACCAAGGAAAAGAAAAAAAGAACAGAAAUCGUAACAAGGAAGAAAGUGGAAACAAAAAAAGGAAAAAUCAACAACGAGUGACUUCCAUGCCCAUCACUCCUUCUCUCCCAGCAAAGUAGCUAUAGGAAGAACCACAACAAGUGAUUAAUGCUGCUAUGUAUGUAAGAUGCUUGCUCAAACUGGAGCACUGCUACAACUUAAGCACCUACACAUUUGGCGAGUGAAAAACUCCUAGAUAUAAGAAUGAGUUUACUGCCAUCAAGUUGAGACUAUUUUGCCUAGUACUUAUAACGCAGUGAAGCCAUGGUGAAUGAAGGAGAUAACAGGAAAGAAACUGAAAAGAAAAAGAAAAGUGAGUGAUUUCCAUUCCUAUUACUCCUUUCCUCCCAGCAAAGUAGCUGCCACUUUAGGAAAAGCCACAACAAGAGAUUAAUGCUGCUAUGUAUGUAAGACGCUUUCUCGAACUGGAGCACUGCUACAACUUAAGCACCUACACAAUCGGUGAAUGCAAAACUCUUAUUGGUUAAACAUAAUAGUGGGGACUAUUUUGCCGAAGACUUCCAAUGUAGUGAAGCCAUGGAAAACAGAGGUACCUAAUGAACAAUAAAGAAUAAGCAUGGUAUUGUAGUUAUACCCAGCGUGGACACCUUUGAGGUGAUGCUGAGCAUAUUUCAACUUCAGUAGAAGUUACAAAGGCUGGAAAUGUUUUUUUAGGAAUGCUAACGAAAUGUGGGUUUUCGUGUUGCCUAGAGAACUCCCCAAUGUCCCCUUUUUCCUCUAAGUCUGUGUUUUCAAAUGUAUGUAUGACUUAAUCUUUGGAGAAUAUAUGUUCAAUUUUUGUGAAAACAUGUUGGUGUCAUCACCAUGAAACUACUUAAAAA